CUGUCAUUAAUGAUACUGCUUUAUGGGUGUUUCUUGAUUUUCUAUAAAUGAUGGCAGUUUUUUUCUUCUUUCUAUUUCUUACACGUCAUGUUUUACUUUUUUAUUGCCUGUGAUUUCUGGUACAUUGCUAAAUUGAAAUAGUGUUGGUGAACAUCUUCACCUUUUUUAUAAACUUAAAGAGAAUGAUUUUAAGUUUCAGCAUUAUUAAGAUAUCUGUUGUAGGUUUUUGGUUUUGACAUUUCCUUUUCUCCAGCCUCCCGCUUGUGUCUUACAUCCUGUCCUGAGAGAAAGAAAUGAACGAGAAAAUAUAAACGAUUUUAUUUCCAGACCCUAUCUCUGGCUUGGUACAGUAUAAACUGUCAGUUUGUUGCAUGAGUGAAUGGCAGUUGUAGGACUACUGGAGCCUUAUGGUUUUCAUUGGCCUCUCUUUUAUGUGGUGCCACAGUUAAAAAAUGUCUUUGUUCUUUAGUUUAAACCUUUAUUUUAGGGGAUGAGUCAAAGUCAUUAAUGUUUGUAUUACGUUUAUAAUGUUUCUAUGAAGGAAAUUAGCACAUUGUAUUUUAGGAUUUGAAUACACAUAUUUAGGAGACAGACCAUAUUUUCUCUUUCUUCAUGGCAGUAAUGCUUGGAAUAUUAUAAGUUGGGAUUAACUUAAACUAUAUGCAGGUGAGUAAUAGACUAAAUAUUCUGAGGAAGAUUUAUCUACUCAUACUAUUAUGAACAUCAUUAUGAUCUAGAUUAUAUUUGUAAAUUUAGUAUUGUAAUGGUGCUGGGAAGUUUCUGAUAAAAGCCUAAGAAGUUUAAUGAUACUAAUAAUUAACAAGUUUGUUCGUGACAUCUCCUCUGUAAUUCAGAUUAGCCCCUGCUGCUUUUCUGCCUUUCCCUGUACCUGGUAUUUUUUUUUUUAACAGGUGGGGAAGUUAAGGCAUAAAGGUAGAGGUCCUCUGAAUUUGGUGUAUUGCUUACUGCAGUAGACCACUUUGCUUCUGUGAGAAUUGUAAACCACUAUACUUUCCAGUGAUCCUGGUGGAGGGAUUGAAAUGUCUGAAUUCAUUCGAGAGGCCACACCCCCAGUUGGUUGCAGUUCAAGAAAUUCUUAUGCUGGUCUAGACCCAAGCAACCAGAUUGGAUCUGGUUCCUCUCGUCUUGGAACAGCAGCAACUAUUAAAGGCGAUACAGACACUGCCAAGACUUCUGAUGAUAUCAGUUUAAGUCUGGGCCAAAGCUCUAGUCUUUGUAAGGAAGGAAGUGAAGAACAAGAUUUGGCAACUGACCGGAAGCUCUUCCGCCUGGUCUCCAAUGACUCCUUCAUCUCCAUUCAGCCUUCCUUAUCCUCUGGUGGACAGGAUCUACCAAGGGACUUCAGUGACAAAGUGAGCCUGCCAAGUCAUAGCCACAGCCACCACCACCAUGUUGACCAGUCUCUUUCCAGCGCCUGUGACACAGAAGUGGCUUCUCUUGUACCUUUACAUUCACACUCUUACAGGAAAGAUCACCGGCCACGAGGUGUACCACGGACUUCCAGCUCUGCUGUGGCUUUUCCAGAUGCUUCACUGAAUGACUUCCCUCUCUAUCAGCAAAGACGUGGGCUAGAUCCAGUCAGUGAGUUAGAAUCUUCCAAGCCUCAUUCUGGAUCCAAAGAAUCCUUAGUGGAAAAUUCUUGUUUAUCUGGGGAAUUUCAGCUUGUUGGUGACCUGAAAAAAAGCAAUUCUCAGCCACCCACAAAAAGUGGGAAGGGCAAACCUUUGAAAGCAGACAAAAGCGUGGACAGCUUGAGGAGCCUGAGCACACGGAGUAGUGGGUCUACCGAAAGCUACUGCAGCGGGACAGACCGCGACACUAACAGUACUGUCAGCAGCUAUAAAAGUGAGCAAACCAGCUCAACUCACAUAGAGAGCAUCUUGUCAGAGCAUGAUGAGUCUCCUAAAGUAGGAAAGAAAAGUGGUAGGAAAAAAGAAUGCUCUGUUAACACGGAGGAAAAGAGUAGCUGUGCCAGUGACAAAAGGACUAGUAGUGAAAAGACUGCUUUGGAAGGAAGUACAAACAGUGGGGUUCAGGAGGCCAAGGGUUCUAAUACCCUCGAUGAUACACACAAUCAGAGAGCUCUCAGCACCUCUGCAUCCGAAGAAGCCAACAAAAACCCCCAUGCAAAUGAAUUUACUUCACAAGGGGACAAACCACUUGGGAAGACAACUGAAAACAAAGAGGAACAGCAGAGUGACAAGUCAGCUGUUCCGGUGGAUUCGAAACCUUACAAAGAUGUCGGUGGAAAGCAAAAGGAAGGAGAUGUACGACCUAAGUCUUCUAGCUUAAUCCACCGGACAGCCUCUGCCCACAAGUCUGGCAGGAGACGGACAGGAAAAAAACGGGCCAGCAGUUUUGACUCAAGUCGGCAUAGGGACUAUGUUUCCUUUCGAGGUGUUUCUGGUACCAAGCCACAUAGUGCUGUAUUUUGUCAUGAUGAGGACUCAAGUGAUCAAAGUGACUUGAGUAGGACAUCAAGCGUUCAGUCUGCUCACCAGUUCAGCAGUGAUAGCUCUUCUAGCACCACCUCCCAUUCCUGUCAGUCUCCUGAGGGCAGAUACAGUGCUCUAAAGACCAAACACACUCAUAAAGAAAGGGGCGCAGACUCUGAACACACACACAAGACUCAUUUGGGUCCUGAAGGGACUGGCAAAAAGCGGGCAACACGGCGGACUUCCAGCACAAAUAGUGCCAAGACUCGUGCCCGAGUCUUGAGCCUGGACAGUGGCACAGUAGCAUGUUUGAAUGACUCAAAUAGGCUCAUGGCGCCCGAAAGUAUAAAACCGUUAACCACUUCAAAAUCAGAUCUUGAGGCCAAAGAGGGAGAGGUGCUAGAUGAGCUGUCUUUAUUGGGAAGGGCUUCCCAGUUAGAGACAGUCACUCGGUCUAGGAAUAGCUUGCCAAGCCAGGUUGCAUUUCCCGAAGGGGAAGAGCAAGAUGCAGUCAGUGGAGCAGCACAGGCCAGCGAGGAGGCAGUGUCAUUUCGCCGUGAACGCAGCACAUUUAGGCGCCAGGCAGUACGGCGCCGCCACAAUGCAGGGAGUAACCCUACCCCUCCUACAUUGCUCAUCGGAUCACCCCUAAGCCUUCAAGAUGGUCAGCAAGGCCAGCAGUCCACAGCCCAGAUCAAAGUCCAGUCCCGCCCCCCUUCCCAGGCUGCAGUGCUCAGUGCUAGUGCCUCCUUGCUGGUGAGAAAUGGGAGUGUCCACUUAGAAGCAUCACAUGACAAUGCAUCUGCUGUAGGCGGCAGCAGUUUGCACGAUGAACUUGGUAAGUUCUCUUCUACGCUCUAUGAGACUGGUGGCUGUGAUAUGUCACUUGUGAAUUUUGAACCAGCAGCAAGAAGAACAUCCAAUAUCUGUGACACGGAUUCUCACGUAUCCAGUUCUACCUCAGUUCGAUUUUAUCCACAUGAUGUGCUUUCUCUUCCACAGAUUCGAUUGAAUAGAUUAUUGACCAUCGACACAGACUUGUUGGAGCAACAGGACAUUGAUCUAAGCCCUGACUUGGCAGCUACUUAUGGUCCAACAGAAGAAGCUGCCCAGAAGGUUAAACACUAUUACCGUUUUUGGAUCCUGCCCCAACUAUGGAUUGGCAUUAACUUUGACAGACUCACACUUUUGGCCCUGUUUGAUAGAAAUCGUGAGAUCCUGGAAAAUGGGUUAGCUGUCAUUCUGGCUAUUCUUGUGGCUUUUUUGGGAUCUAUUCUUCUCAUACAAGGCUUUUUCAGAGAUAUCUGGGUCUUCCAGUUCUGCCUGGUGAUAGCCAGCUGCCACUACUCACUACUCAAGAGUGUUCAACCAGAUUCUUCUUCUCCCAGACACGGUCAUAAUCGUAUCAUCGCCUACAGUAGACCAGUUUAUUUCUGUUUAUGUUGUGGUCUUAUUUGGCUCUUGGAUUAUGGUAGCAGAAACAUUACCACAACCAAGUUCAAAUUGUAUGGAAUAACUUUCACCAACCCACUGGUACUUAUCUCAGCCAGGGAUUUAGUUAUAGUGUUUACGCUCUGUUUCCCAAUAGUAUUUUUCAUUGGUCUCCUGCCUCAGGUGAAUACAUUUGUAAUGUACCUUUGUGAACAAUUGGAUAUUCAUAUAUUUGGUGGUAAUGCCACCACAAGCCUACUUGCAGCACUUUACAGUUUUAUCUGUAGCAUUGUGGCAGUAGCCUUGUUGUAUGGAUUGUGUUAUGGCGCUUUAAAGGAUUCUUGGGAUGGCCAGCAUAUUCCAGUACUUUUCUCCAUUUUUUGUGGUUUGUUAGUGGCGGUAGCCUAUCAUCUCAGCCGACAAAGUAGUGACCCAUCUGUACUUUUCUCUUUGGUGCAAUCCAAGAUUUUUCCAAAAACAGAAGAGAAAAAUCCAGAAGAUCCCCUGUCUGAAGUAAAAGAUCCACUGCCUGAAAAACUUAGAAAUUCCGUGAGUGAACGUUUACAGUCUGACCUAGUAGUAUGCAUGGUCAUUGGUGUGCUGUAUUUUGCUAUUCAUGUAAGCACAGUAUUCACAGUAUUACAGCCAGCUCUCAAGUAUGUGUUAUACGCAUUAGUGGGCUUUGUGGGUUUUCUGACCCAUUAUGUGCUGCCUCAGGUUAGGAAACAGCUCCCAUGGCACUGUUUUUCUCAUCCCCUGCUGAAGACAGUGGAGUAUAAUCAAUAUGAAGUUCGAAAUGCAGCCACUGUGAUGUGGUUUGAAAAACUUCAUGUGUGGCUUCUUUUUGUGGAGAAGAAUAUCAUCUAUCCAUUGAUUGUUCUCAAUGAGCUUAGUAGCAGUGCAGAGACAAUUGCUAGUCCAAAAAAACUGGAUACAGAAUUAGGUGCUUUAAUGAUUACCAUUGCUGGUUUGAAGUUGCUACGAUCCUCUUUUAGCAGCCCUACUUAUCAGUAUGUCACAGUCAUCUUCACCGUUCUCUUUUUCAAAUUUGACUAUGAAGCUUUUUCAGAGACCAUGCUACUGGACCUCUUCUUCAUGUCCAUACUCUUCAACAAGCUCUGGGAACUCCUUUAUAAAUUGCAGUUUGUAUAUACCUACAUUGCCCCAUGGCAGAUUACAUGGGGUUCUGCUUUUCACGCUUUUGCUCAGCCCUUUGCAGUGCCCCACUCUGCCAUGUUGUUUGUGCAGGCUGCUGUUUCAGCCUUCUUUUCUACCCCACUAAAUCCUUUCCUGGGAAGUGCAAUAUUCAUCACUUCGUACGUCCGACCCGUGAAGUUCUGGGAGCGAGACUAUAACACAAAACGAGUGGAUCAUUCAAAUACCAGAUUGGCUUCCCAGCUUGAUAGAAAUCCAGGAUCAGAUGACAACAAUCUGAAUUCCAUCUUUUAUGAACAUUUAACCAGAUCUCUACAACAUAGUCUGUGUGGUGAUUUGCUGCUAGGACGGUGGGGAAACUACAGUACUGGAGAUUGUUUCAUUCUGGCCUCUGACUACCUCAAUGCAUUAGUACACCUUAUCGAGAUAGGCAAUGGUCUGGUCACCUUCCAACUGCGGGGACUUGAAUUCAGAGGUACUUACUGUCAACAGCGGGAAGUGGAGGCCAUUACUGAGGGCGUGGAGGAGGAUGAAGGAUUUUGCUGCUGUGAACCUGGCCAUAUCCCUCAUGUGCUUUCAUUUAAUGCUGCAUUUAGCCAGCGCUGGCUAGCUUGGGAAGUGGUAGUCACUAAGUAUAUUCUGGAGGGUUAUAGCAUCACUGACAAUAGUGCUGCUUCUAUGCUUCAAGUCUUUGACCUUCGGAAAGUACUCACCACCUACUAUGUUAAGGGUAUCAUUUAUUAUGUUACAACCUCCUCUAAGUUAGAGGAGUGGCUAGCUAACGAGACAAUGCAAGAAGGACUACGUCUCUGCGCAGAUCGAAAUUAUGUUGAUGUGGACCCAACGUUUAAUCCAAACAUUGAUGAAGACUAUGACCAUCGACUAGCAGGCAUAUCCAGGGAGAGUUUCUGUGUGAUUUACCUCAACUGGAUAGAGUAUUGCUCUUCCCGAAGAGCAAAGCCCGUGGAUGUGGACAAAGAUUCAUCCCUGGUGACUCUUUGUUAUGGACUCUGUGUUCUGGGACGGAGAGCUUUGGGCACUGCCUCCCACCAUAUGUCUAGUAAUUUAGAGUCAUUCCUCUAUGGAUUGCAUGCCCUAUUUAAGGGAGAUUUCCGUAUUUCUUCAAUUCGAGAUGAGUGGAUCUUUGCUGACAUGGAAUUGCUAAGAAAAGUAGUAGUCCCUGGAAUCCGUAUGUCCAUUAAACUUCAUCAGGAUCAUUUUACUUCCCCAGAUGAAUACGAUGACCCUAGUGUCCUCUAUGAAGCCAUCGUCUCUCAUGAAAAAAACCUCGUGAUAGCCCAUGAAGGGGACCCCGCGUGGCGGAGUGCUGUCCUUGCCAGCUCCCCCUCCUUGCUCGCGUUGCGGCACGUCAUGGACGACGGCACCAAUGAAUACAAAAUUAUCAUGCUCAAUAGGCGCCACCUUAGCUUCAGGGUCAUUAAAGUGAACAAGGAAUGUGUCCGAGGUCUUUGGGCAGGCCAACAGCAGGAGCUUGUUUUUCUUCGUAACCGUAACCCAGAGAGAGGUAGCAUCCAAAAUGCAAAGCAAGCUCUGAGAAACAUGAUAAACUCAUCUUGUGAUCAACCUAUUGGCUACCCAAUCUUUGUCUCACCCCUGACAACUUCUUACUCUGACAGCCAUGAACAGCUUAAGGAAAUUCUUGGGGGACCUAUCAGCUUGGGAAAUAUCAGAAACUUCAUAGUAUCCACCUGGCACAGGUUAAGGAAAGGUUGUGGAGCUGGAUGUAACAGUGGUGGCAACAUUGAAGAUUCCGAUACCGGAGGUGGAACUUCCUGCACCAGUAACAACACAACAACUGCCAAUGAUCCCCAUAGCAACGUGUCCCAAGGAAGUACUGGAAACCCAGGGCAAGGAACAGGAGCAGGACUCCAUCCGCCUGUCACAUCCUGUCCUCCAGCACUAGGCACUAGCCACAGCUCUCACUCUGUACAGUCAAGCCUGAUCAGACAGUCCCCUGCACGGGCCUCAGUAGCCAGCCAGUCCUCUUACUGCUAUAGCAGCCGGCAUUCAUCUCUCCGGAUGUCCACUACAGGAUUUGUGCCUUGUCGGCGCUCUUCCACCAGUCAGAUAUCGCUUCGCAACUUACCUUCGUCCAUCCAGUCCCGCCUCUCUAUGGUGAACCAGAUGGAACCCUACAGCCAGAGUGGCCUGACCUGUGUGCAGCAUGGCCUGCCUUCUUCCAGUAGUUCCAGCCAAAGCAUCCCAGCCUGCAAACAUCACACUCUUGUGGGCUUUCUUGGGACAGACGGAGGUCAGAGUAGUGCCACUGAUGCACAGCCGGGCAACAGCUUAAGUCCUGCCAAUAAUUCACACACCAAAAAGGGGGAAGUGGUUUACAGAGUCCAAAUUGUGGAUCCCAGUCAAAUUCUGGAUGGGAUCAACCUGUCAAAAAGGAAAGAGCUGCAGUGGCCAGACGAAGGAAUUCGGUUAAAAGCUGGGAGAAACAGUUGGAAAGACUGGAAUCCUCAGGAAGGCAUGGAAGGCCAUGUGAUUCACCGAUGGGUGCCUUGCAGCAGAGAUCCAGGUACUAGAUCCCACAUCGACAAGACAGUACUUCUGGUCCAGAUUGAUGAUAAAUAUGUGACUGUAAUUGAAACUGGGGUACUAGAACUUGGAGCUGAAGUGUGAGCCAGUGUUUUACAACGACAUUUCUUUUCCCUCCCAAUUUCAAGACAUUGGAAAAAGAGAGGCGAGCGCGGAAGAUGCCUGCAGGUAUCACUCUGAUCCUGUGUGGGAGAGACUUGAAAAUAGGGUGCGCUUGGUCAAGCACCUCUCCUUCACCCUUCACCCUGACUUCUGUCACUGUCUCCAUCCCUAAAUAAAGCUGAAAUAUUUUUUUAAGUUAGCUACCGAGAAAACAUUUUGCAUGAAGGAUAAAGUUCUGUUAAAAUACAUCCGUAAGAAAAGUUUUUCCUAUGCAUUGCCUAUGCUUUAAAUCAACAGACUCUUUGUUUCUAAACUUUGAGCUCAUAUUUUUCUAAUUUCUUGCCAAAAAUAAUUGCCAUGUUUUGUCAUAGAACAUGAAAUCCAUUUACCUUAAUUUUUAAAAACAGACCAGUGUACAAACCUUCAGUUUCAAAUAUAGCAGUAUAAAAGUCAAAUGUACAGUGAAAGAGACUAUGAACAGACAUAGAUUUAUCUUAUUCCUUGAGCGUUAAAAUCUUUAAUGAAAAAAACUGCACUAAUUUUUUACAGCAAUGCACUAAAGUCUGAGAUUGCUCAGAACAUUUAUUUAUAUAUAAAAAUAAAAGACCAUUAUUUAAAUUGCCUUUGGGAUAACCCCUUCCCUUUCCUUGUAAAGAUAGGUAGCAGGACCUGUGCUGCCCAUUCUUCUGUUUGUAGUCUGUACUUCAUGCCAGUCCAUUGGAUGUUUUCUUUAAAAUGAAUAAUAAAUCUCAAGAUAUACAUGGCUUCAUUGCUGCCCUUUCCCAGAACCAGUGUGUGGUCAAUGAAUCGAUCAUGUGAUCACCACUGCCACUUCCCGUGUCCACAUUUCAGUUCCGGUCUGACACAGUGUGGUGUGCCCGAGGGGCUCUGCUUCUCUCCACUUGGGGAGCAAGGCUCUGUUGGGGUCAAAGAAAAUACUUUUGCUUUUCAAAGAAGGAGGAGAUGAAUUUAAAGAAAAGAAUUGCCUUUCAGUGUAAGAGUUCUUAGCUCUUGAAAUUAGUCACAUGCAGUUCAGAUAAUCAAGUGAAAACUUUUUUCAAACAAAAUUAUCCAAAUGGUGCAAUUCUUACUGCUGUAUCUCGCUUUAAUAACUUCACCUUUUAUUUUCCCCCUCUCUUUUUCUAUUACUUGAAUUUUGUUUCCUGUAAUUUAUAGUGUGAAGCUGUAAUUGCAAAUAUUUAUAACUGUGAAAUUGACUUAAUUCAUGUGUUGUCUCAUAACUUAAAUUUUAUUGGUUUUUAAAAUAUGUAUUCAGGGAAAUAAUAUAACUCAGAUUUACAAUUGAGUUAGUUGAGAACGGCAACUUAGAUUGAAUUUGCAACUUUAACAUUUUUUUGAAAUCCUUAAGAAAAUUUUUCCUUUUGGUGUGAAAUUCAAAAGAAGGUUAUACAUUUCUUCUGAGCAUUUAGGAGCAGCCAUCUUUCUAUCCCCCAUGAAUGAAAAGAAAAAAGGAGCAAAUUAUCUUUGAUAAUAUAUUUUAUUUAACUGAAUACAUCCAAAAUACUACUAUUUCAGCAUGUGGCACCAACCAUAUUUUAAGUACUCAGUAGCCACAUGUGGCUGGUGACUAUAUUGGACAGCACAGGUUUAAAGUAAUUUUUGAGGAGGUGACAGGAGGUGCUGAAGUCAGUCUCGGAGCAUAACAUAACAUUACGCUAGAGGAAUGAAAACAUAAGGAAGGAAAUAGCUGCUAUACAGUAUCUAACUGCAUUUCUACUCCAAAGCCUAUUAAUUUUCCUUUUUUCCAAUUUUAAAGUUUUAUGGUGGCUCAGUACCCAAUGUGCCUAAUGUUAAUUUUUCCAUAGACUUCACGUUUAUAGUAAAUUUGACUCUUCAAAAGCUGCACAUUUGUCAGUGAUCGACUGAACCUUUGCACAGCCUUUCUAAGGUGACCAUUUUAAAAUGUGUUUUCCUGAUACUGUCAUUAUAUUAAAUCUCUGUUGGUCUCAUAUUGGCAAAUCUACAGUAUGCCAUUGAAGUUUAAUGUCUUUUUCCCCUGAAACUGAAUAUUUUGUAUGUAUAGAUAGACAUAUAUGUAUUUACACAUGUAUUUAUAUGUGUGUGAAUGUAUAUAUAUCAGAUAGAAUUAUAUAUACAUAUAUAUAAAUUUUUUAAAAUCUUUUCCAAGGCACUCUGCUCCCUGCCGCUCGUUUCCUUUGUGAAGUGAAUACGAUCCAUUUGUGGUCAUCGCCUAGAGUGUAGAUGAGGAGAACAUACUCAGUCUUAGAUGGAAGAUAAUUUAUUUUAACACACAGAAAACAUACCUGAACUUCAGGUGAUUCAGUCAGAAGGGCUAGAAUUAUUUUCAUUCUUAGCUCAAAAACAAAAAGUUAAACUCAUCACACACGAGAAGUCAGACCUCAGAUUUUGCGAGACUAGAUUUUAUAUCAACAUAUAUUGGUUCUUGAUCUUGAGGAACAAUUACUAGACAUUUUUCUCAAAUGAGUUGAAUUUUGUUACCAUCUAGUCCUUCAACUAGUGAAUUUAUGAAUUAGGAACCCUAAGAGAAGACCUGCUUUUAUUUUUUAAGUCUAAAACUGAUAGUCUUAAAAAUCAUAAUACGGUUCUAAUAAUGGCAUCAGAGGAAACAGUGAUGAUUAGAAGAUUCAUGUCUUAAGAAUAAUUUACCUAAAUUAUUCCACUUAAAAAUACACAUAUUUUCAUUAAAUUGACCAUACAUGUCUCUUUUUUUUUUUGAGAUUAAUGAGCUAUUUGUUUAGAUUCCUUACCUAAUCUUUUUCGUAAUUGCGCAAGACUCCAACAUACAUUAGUAUCUUGUAUGUUUUGCAUUUCAAAGUUUUCAGUUUAGUUUAUAAUUGCCAAAACCUUUAGAGUUCCAUAAUUUGAAAGUAAAACCAUGUAAUUGAAACACCAGCUUUGUAUUUAUUUUCUUUCAAUAGGGUUUAAACAUUGAUUCCUUUCUUUUUUGUUCUUGUUUAAUUUUGGGGUUUUUUUUCCCCCUUUUGAGAAAUGGGCAAUCCUGGAAUGAGUUAUAAGUUGUUAGCUUUUUUUCUCUCACUUAGUGGCAAAAAAUUUUUUUAACUCCAAAUUAUAACAGUAAGCUUUUUAGUUAAUCUUCUAGUUUAUAACUUGGUUGUGAGCCUUCUUUUUACACCAUUUUCAAUACUUGAUAAACUUUUUUGUUGACUUUUUGCGGAAGAACUUUAAUUUUUCUGGCAAUCUGGAUUAAUAUAAAAUAACGGUAUUUAAGGACCUGGGAGAGUAGGUGAUGGGGCUGCUUUUUUUUUUUUUUUUAAGAUAAGAGGAAAUUAAUUACCCUUCAGGAAAUUAGUGAACAAACUUAAUCAGUGUUCUGUCUUCUUUGGUUUCCAUUACUGGAGGGUAAAAAUCUAUUCAAUUUGAAGUAUUUUUAAAAAUAUUUCAAGUAUAUCUGAGAUACUUCUACCAAUAUUUGCAACAGAAGUAGUCAGACAAUAUUUUUCUUCUCAGUGAGAUAUGGAAUGUUAUUCUGUAUAACAAAUGUCAAGCAAUGAAAAUACAAGUUUUUAUGUAGGACACUACAGCUCAUUAAGAAGAUGUACUUUUUUUCUUGGGUUGGUUUAUUUUUCCAUCUUAUAUUAAAAGUCUCACAUCUAAACAAGGGUAAUUUAGCCUUAAUAAAUAACACUUUGCUUCUGAGCGAGUAUCCUUCUACCUCUGCUUAGAAACUUCAUUUGGUGGCUCGCUACAUUGAGUCAUUUGUCUAGAGCUGGGACUUUUAAACUUAUGAUUGGCCCAGUGUCUUUUCCUUUUAGCUAACAUUCAAGCAUCUUUCCUCCUAAAUAAAUACUUGACUUGAGAAAAAGAUAACUUAGUAAUUUUGUGUGAGCAUUCUUUGAGUUUAUAUUUGCUAGCUGUUGUUGCUGUUGUUUUGGAGCCCUGGUGGCCAGUGGUUAAGCAUUCCGCUGCUAACCAAAAGGCUGGCAGUUCAAAUCUGACAGUCACUCCUUGGAAACCCUGCGGGGCAGCUCUACUCUGUCCCGUAGGGUCGCUGAGUCGAAAUUGACUUGACGGAAGCAGGUUUGGUUUUGGUUGUUGUCAUUGCUGUUAGGUGCCAUCAAGUCAAUUUCAACUCUUAGCAACCCUCUAGGACAGAGUAGAACUACCUCAUUGGGUUUCCUAGGCUGUAAUCUUUACAGUAGCAGAUUGCCAGGUCUUUUUUCCGUGGAGCCACAGGGUGACUUUGAACCGACAACCUUUUGGUUAGCAGCUGAGCACUUAAAUGUUGCACCACUUUUUUUUCUGUAAACUGCUGCCCAUAUUGUUGAUCAGUUUUGUAUUUAUUUGUAAUUACUUUUUCAUGACUGCAGACAAAGCCCUUGCUGUUUUUUUAAAUCCUUAGUAGUCAACCUAAUUUUUUUUUUUUUUUUUUUAAUGUAGUAUAAUCAUGUAAUUGUAGCGUAAUCAUGUAAAAUUACUUUGGUCUUAAAAAAAAAGAUAGACCUAGUUAAUUUUUUCCUUUGAUAUAUUGUUCAGACAAGGUAUAAAAUUUUUCAUUUUUUUUUCUUUUCUUGAGGCUUUUCCUUUAAUUCCAAGAUAAGUGGAGAAAAUAAUUUCAAUUGAGGCUAAGAUGGUGCAUGAAACCUGAUAUAAUUUACUAAGUUGAUGGAACUCUGAACUUUGUUUCAAUCUUAUAUAUAAAUUGGGUUUUAUUCACCUGAAGAGGGAGGAGAAUUAGAUACUACCAUGUAUUUAGACAGCAUAAAUUUUAAUAUUAUGUUUCUAUGUAUACCUCUUUUUAUUAUUAAAAAACAGCCUUUUCUUCAUUUUUCUUUUAAAAAAAAAUUCUGGUUGAUAUACAUACACCCAGGCCUUCUUAAUUUUAAACUUGUUACAUGUUUAGGCAAGAAUUUUGAUUGGAAAGGAAUUAAGUAUACAAGUAGACUCAGUAGUUUAUGAAUGGAGCUUAAUGUUGCUUGUAACACAGGAUAUUUUAUGCUUUGAAUCAUUUCGCUAGAGUCAUCUGUCAGGAACUACGUGAGAAUAAUUUCUUUGUUACCCAGUAAGCCACAUAUUCUUCCUGAAUUAAGGUAAAUAACUUUUAUUUGUGAGCUGAACUUCAUUACUGCUAUUUUAUGGAAGCAACAUAACAUUCUUUGGGAGAAUCAGAGAUAUUUGUUACCAUGAGAUUACGUGAAAACUUUGCUCUAAGGCUUUUAUACCUAUCAUAUAGAGUUAUACGGUUUUUUCUUAUGCCUCAGCCCUGUACCUGAGUUUAUGAUCCAGUGGGGCCACAGUAGGAGGGACAAAGGUUACCUAACACUGUGAUGAGAAUGAAUUCCUUGCUGUUACUCACACAGAUAAAAUGAUACCCUGGAAUUCAAAACAGAGUCGUAGACAAUGAGAUGGCUGCUCCAGAAUACUCUUAGGUUUUGUGCACUCAUGGUUGUACAAGAUUUUUAUAUACAAAGCUUGUUUCUACAACUAAAAUAACAGAAAUGGGGGAAAACCAUGUCUGCUUAUGCUUUAAAAAGCUUAUAGUUUUAUGUAAAAAAUAAAUUGUAAAAAUUGAUUACUUUACCCUUAUAUAACUCUGGCAAUGAGCUCUGCAUGAGGAAAUGGAAGGAGGAAUAUCAGAAAUGAUCCUAGGAAGGGAGGUGUGAGGAAGGACAAUGAGUUUCCCUUUUCUGAUCAUGGGCUCUGAAAGGUAUCCAUUGCCUCUACCAGCAUUCAUUUACAAACCAGAGAUAAGGAUAUAUGUACUGGCGUGUGUCUGUGAGGAGGUGUGUGUGUAUGUGUGUCUGAGAGUAUGUUGUUCCAAACCGCUUGUAAAUAUUGUAGUUGUUUAAAAUGAUGGAAAAGAAAAGCUGAGAUUUUCUUCUUUUGCAAAUAUAUUGCAUCAAGAAUACAGUAUUGACAGUACAUAAAACACUGAGGAAAUAAAUUUUUUUUUCA